AUGCAUACGCUGCAGCUGGUGGCCUCAUCGUCGCUAUCCCUGCCGGCGGAUAGCUACAUCUACGGCAUCACUGCUGCUGGUCCAGCCACCUUUGCUGCCAUCGCCUCGGAUGAUUCACUGCGGGUAUUUGAUGCCGCCGAUCUCAACCGCGGGGCGGUCGUCGCAUCCCAGGCCCAUGAGGGAGUGACGUCGCUGCGGAGCUAUGCAGGCGAGUCGCAGCUCCUGUUGACAGGGGGCCGAGAGGGGAAAGUGAGGAUCUGGGAUGUCCGGGCGGGUGGGCCAGUCGUGGAGAUGGAGACCGCGAAACGAUCCCCGGUUCUGUCAGUGGCCUGCAAUCCCGAGACCAAUACGGUGGUUGCAGGGACUGAACUUGUGUCGUCGCAGGCGGUGGUGAAUUUCUGGGACAUCCGAUCUCCCAAGGAGUUCAGCCUGCAGUAUGUGGAAAGCCACAACGAUGAUAUCACCGAGCUCCAAUACCACCCGACACGUCCCAACAUCUUACUCUCCGGCAGCACCGAUGGCCUGGUAAACAUCUACAACACAACGAUUACCGAUGAAGAUGAAGCCCUCGUGCAAGUCAUAAACCACGGCUCCGUGCAUCAUGCAGGCUUCCUCUCGGAACGCGAGAUCUUCGCCCUGAGCCACGACGAGCUCUUCGCUGUGCACCCUGCCACAGACCCCGACGAUGACGCGCAGAUGCCCGACCCGGUGCAAUUCGGGGACUUGCGUGAGAAACUGGCCUGUGAGUAUGUUGCGCAGCUAUGCAUCGGAGGUCAGGGAGCGUUCAUCGCUGCGGGUAACAAGAUGGACCAUCGUCUCGAUCUCGUCCCACUUGUUUCCGGUCCCGAGUGGAAACUCGACCAGGAAAAUCUGUGGCGUCUACCCGGUGCUCAUGGCGAGGAAGUUGUGCGUUCAGUGUGUCUGGAUGAACAGAGCCAAUCCGUCUUCACUUGUGGUGAAGAUGGUUUCGUGCGAGCAUGGAAGCUGGGUGAAGAAGAUGCUCCGGUCCAGCCUGGGUCUGCAAGGUCUCGGCCGAAGAAAGAGAAGAAGGAUCGUUAUAAGCCGUACUAG